AUGGCCACUCUGCGGCAAUUCAUCGUCUUUGGGACAGACAGUGCCGGCCUCGAGCGUUCAUUACGCUUCGUCCAGGCCCUAGUCAUCCUCAUCGCCACAUACCCAACCGCUCAACUCGCCGCCCUGCUCCAUCGGACGUCGAUCAGCGCCAGAGUCCCGCCCUCAGCGUCAUUCUUGCAGCUGCAGUCCAGGAUCAACCUGACCAGACGCCUCCUGCGCCUCUUCCGGUUCCUGGAGCAGUUCAAGCUGGGCUGGGAUAUUUAUGCCUCUGGCGUGCUGGAUUUCGACACUUUCCUCGAUGUGGUCGGCAAAACGUGUCUGGGCAUCUUCGGCAUGCUCGAGUCCGUCACUCUGCUGGAACUGCUGGAGAUUGACCAGCUGGAGAUAUUCGGUCCCGAGCAGACUGCAAGCUUGAAUUAUCAAGCUCAAUAUUUCUGGCUCAUCGCUCUAUGCAUCUCUCUUUUUCGCUCGGGCACCAGGCUGUUGCACUUGCUAGGCAAUCGUAAAAUGAUCCCCGGUCCCUCGUCUAGCCGGGACGAAGGGGAGAAGGAGAACUCGCAAAAGGUGGGCGAGCAUCAAAAUGGAGGCGAGGUCUCUUCGUCGAGAAAUGGUGUUGCAACUCAUGUGAAGGGAACCGAGUAUUGUAUGGAAGCCAAGAGCGGAGCAACAGAGCCCGGCGAUGCUGUCUCUUCGUUGGUGAUGAAGAUCCUGGCCGACGCCCUGGACCUGCUCCUUCCGGCAACUGCUGUUGGGCUGGUCGAACUGGAUUCCGCGGCCAUUGCAAAAGCCAUGAUCAUCAGCACAGUAAUCACCGCCAACGAUGUAUGGGUCAGGUGCGGCAAGGAAAUGCAUCGUCGAUAA